GGGAAGAAGAUGCUAAUUAAAGUGAAGACGCUGACUGGAAAGGAGAUUGAGAUCGACAUUGAACCCACAGACAAGGUGGAGCGAAUCAAGGAGCGUGUGGAAGAGAAAGAGGGCAUCCCCCCACAACAGCAGAGGCUCAUCUACAGUGGCAAACGAAUGAAUGAUGAGAAGACAGCAGCUGAAUACAAGAUCCUAGGUGGUUCAAUCCUCCACCUGGUGUUGGCUCUUAGAAGAGGAGGUGGUCUUGGGCAAUGAUGAACCUCGGUUCCAUUUUACCUCCUUGCCCUGUCGCUCAUAAUGAAGCAUCACAUAUCCUCUCACAC